AUGUCAGCGAAUGACAUAUUAGGAUUUUCAUUGCGAACUUUAUCACGCCUGUCAUUUAAAAACCUGAAGUACCCGGUGAGCGGUUGCUUGGGUGCUGUCGCGUCUCUGGGAGUCUUUUUGCGCUUCUUCGACUUGUUCUUGUUCACCGGAGUGACAUUGUUGGUACUCGCGUUCAAAGAUUUCUUAUCACCCGCAGAGUCAGCCUUGUCUUCAGCAGAUUCACUGUACGGCGACCUGUUCCCGGAGAACUCCUCACCUUCCCCGUUUACGUUUGACGGCUGCUGGCUCGCCGUCAUUAUUGUCAUCGAGGACACCGACUCCUCGCCAUUUACUGCAUUGUUAUCGUUUUCACCCGUUAAUAUUUUCUUACCUUUUGCUACUCUGUGCUCUGUAAAUCAAGCUUACAACUCUGAAACUCAUGCGCAUGCGCUAAAUUCUGUCUCAGAGUUUUUGAAAGGACUUCCGAGCCACGACGAAAAUAAUUUCGCUAAUUUUCAUACAGACAAUGGUAAUAGGACUUGUGUUAAAAGACCUUCUAACGCUGAGCGAAAACGUGAUGUAUUAUCACCAAAUGGCGGCAGUGAUCAAUCUGAAGAUGUUACAGUCCGUCGCUGUAAGAGACCACGUCUUGAUCUCAACAAUACUCUUUAA